AGCAGUUGCCGGCCCACAGCUGUCGCCUGGGUUGCGGUCCUGGUUCCCGCCCACAGUGGGAGCUUACGCGGGCCGGGCAGUCUGCGCGGGGAGGUGGCGCGCGGCCUUCCCCGGGUCCCGGAAUAGCGUAAAAUAUCUCUGGGCGCUGCGGGCGGGUCGUUUGAAGCUCCCGGAGGGAAGGGGAGGGGAAGUGGCGGUGGAGCCGCCGGGCUUCACCAUGUCCCUGCCGCCGGAGAAAGCGUCUGAGCUCAAGCAGCUCAUUCACCAGCAGCUCAACAAGAUGGAUGUCCAUGGCAGGAUAAGAGAAGUCCUUGCUGAAACUAUACGAGAAGAAUUGGCACCUGAGCAACAACUUUCAACGGAAGAUUUAAUAAAAGCUCUUAGACGCCGAGGAAUUGUAGAUGAUGUCAUGAAGGAGCUCACUUUUGUUACUGACCUAGCUGAUGGAGAACUGACUUCCUCUCCAAAACCAUCUAAUUUUAAUGAUAAGCAGUCAACCCUAUUGAAAAAAACUAAUAUUGAUCCAACACGGAGGUAUCUUUACCUUCAGGUUUUGGGUGGAAAAGCUUUCUUGGAACAUCUACAAGAACCUGAUCCUUUACCUGGACAAAUUUGUUCUACCUUCACUUUAUGUUUACACUUUCGAAACCAACGUUUCCGCUCUAAACCUGUCCCAUGUGCCUGUGAACCAGAUUUUCAUGAUGGCUUUUUGCUUGAAGUACACAGAGAAAGCUUAGGUGAUGGAACUAGAAUGGCUGAUGCAACAACAAUGUUAUCAAUAUGUGAUCCUGUACAUAUGGUUCUAAUAAAAACUGAUAUAUUUGGAGAGACCUCUUUAGUAGCAUCCUACUUUUUGGAAUGGCGAUCAGUCCUUGGCUCAGAUAAUGGAAUGACCAAUAUUGCUGUGGAACUUCUAGGUGUAGGUACAGAAUCAAAAGUUUCUGUUGGAAUUUUAAAUGUAAAACUUGAGGUGUAUCCACAACUUAAUCAAACAUUGUCCCAAGAAAUAGUAAAUACUCAGCUUGCUUUGGAACGACAGAAAACAGCAGAGAGAGAGCGUUUAUUUCUUGUAUAUGCUAAGCAGUGGUGGAGAGAAUAUCUGCAAAUACGACCUUCUCAUAAUUCAAGGCUGGUAAAGAUUUUUGCACAGGAUGAAAAUGGGAUAAAUAGACCAGUGUGCUCUUAUGUCAGACCUCUUCGGGCUGGACGGCUCCUGGAUACUCCAAGGCAAGCAGCAAGAUUUGUUAAUGUCCUUGGUUAUGAAAGAGCCUCUGUUAUUGGAGGAGGAGGUAAACACGAACAGUGGUGCACUCUACUGGCCUUUCUCUGUAGAAACAAGGGUGACUGUGAAGACCAUGCUAACCUUUUGUGCAGCCUUCUCCUUGGAUAUGGAUUAGAAGCCUUUGUUUGUGUAGGGACAAAAGCUAAAGGAGUCCCUCAUGCCUGGGUCAUGACAUGUGGGACUGAUGGCACCAUUACUUUUUGGGAAAGUUUAACAGGGCAUAGGUAUAUCCAUAAGCCCAUCAAUCCUGAUGAUCCUCCAGCUGUUGAACAGCCCAAACCACUCUACCCGUAUCGAACUAUAGGGUGUGUUUUCAAUCAUCAGAUGUUUUUGGGAAACUGCCAACCUUCUGACUCAGUAGAACUUUGUGUAUUUGAUCUGAAUGAUGAGUCCAAAUGGAAACCCAUGAGCGAAGAAGCAAUCAAAUCGGUUUGUGCUCCUGGUGCCACAACUUCGCUUCCUCCCUUUCCCCCACUUUGUGCUUCAGUGAUUGAUUCUUCAGUAACAAGUAACGAAAUUGAGAUGCAACUGAGAUUGCUGGUGUCAGAACACAGGCAGGAUCUUGGCCUCACUACUGUUUGGGAAGACCAGCUGUCCUAUCUCUUAUCACCAGCUUUGGCAUCUUAUGAAUUUGAGCGCACAACUAGCAUAUCUGCAGGAAAUGAAGAAUUUCAGGAUGCCAUAAGGAGAGCUGUACCUGAUGGUCAUACAUUUAAGGGGUUCCCUAUACAUUUCGUUUAUAGAAAUGCAAGACGAGCAUUUGCUACAUGUCUCCGGUCUCCUUUCUGUGAAGAAAUAAUCUGUUGCCGAGGUGACCAAGUGCGACUUGCUGUCCGUGUUAGAGUAUUUACCUACCCUGAAUCUGCUUGUGCUGUCUGGAUCAUGUUUGCUUGUAAAUAUCGAUCUGUGCUGUGAGAAGAAUCGCACUUGUUUUCUUUUGAUAGAGACUUGACACUGUACUUCAUUAGCCAUUCACAGGUGCUUUCUUGUAAAAUCAUUCUCUGGCUCAUAUAUCACAAUUUCAGUUUUGUAUAUAAACUUAACUAAUAAUGUUUGCAAAUAUUGGUGUGUGUAUUUAAAAAUUAAGGAUAAAAGACUUAUGUAAACUUGCGUGGGGUGUAGUAUAAAUUAAGUGUGUAUUUUAAUAAAUACCAUAUUGUUUACAGAUAUUCAGUAGUAUAAAUACAUUAGUUUUCUGAAAUUGAUAAUUAUUCAUCCAAAAGGUAUGUCUCUAAGCAUAUGAGUUGUGGUAAGAUCAGUAGGACUACUAAGUUUUACAAGUAAAAUUAUUUGAAUUUUGCAGAGGCAGAAAUAAUGUAAGUGAAUAUAACAGCAAUAUAGCCGAAAACAGGUGAGAAAAGUAGAUUUUGAUAGAUCACUACAGGGUCAGCCAAUCACUAGUUCUUUAUUUAGUAUUUGAUCAUCCAAAAGACCCUUUGAAGAAAGUGUGAAGGAAAAUGACUAGUUAAGCCACAUUCUUAAAUAAAACAAAACAGAUAUCACUGAAACAAUUGGAUUAUGUAAAUGUCAAGUCUACUUAGUUUAAUAAAUUGAUGGGGCAUUAAUUGGGGCGAGGGGAAUCCUUUGUCAAUGACACUGAUGAAUUCUAGUUUCUAUGGAAUGUUGUCAGCUCUGUAUAUAUUACCUCCAAAAAAUUCACAGCCAUCAUCUGUACUUGGAAGAGCUCAGUAAUUCUCGCCAUUUUAUCUCAUUUCCUUUCCAUCUCUAAACCUGUGACAUAAUAUGAUACAUUUUCAAAAGGCCUAGACUACCUAGCUUAAUCAUUGUGAGGCAUGUGAAAAUGAGUGGGUAUGAUAGAUUUAAUGCAAACGUUAAUUAUAAUCUCCAGGGAAUGUUAUUUUACCGCCAGUGAUAAUACCACAUUACAUUUCAUAAUGCUUUACAGUUUUCAAAAGACUUUCACAUGUUAUUUAAUUUGAUCCUUAAAAUAAUCCUGUUAGGUUUUGCAAGACAAGUAUUACUUCCCUCCACUUAACAGAUGACAAAGUUAGGUAAGCCCAAGGUAAAUAGCCAGUAAAUUGCAGAGAUUGUACUAGAAUCCUGGACUACUGACCACUAGUCCUUGUUACCUCCAGAUAAUCAUGAUCAAGGAAGGCACUUGAGAAGUUGUGUAUACCUUUUUUUAAUAGAGUCAGUAAGAAUUUGAAUGGUGCAAAUGAUAGGUUUGACUCUUCUUGCUUCUUCUUCCUUAAUAGUAUUUUAUUUUUUUCCAGUUACAUGUAAAGAUAGUUUUCAACAUUCAUUUUUGUAAAGUUUUGAAUUCCAAAUUUUUCUCCCUUCCUCCCUCCUUCCUUUCCCCUUUCCCCAAGACAGUAAGCAAUAUAAUUCAGGUUAUACAUGUACAAUCAUGUUAAAUAUAUUUCCACAUUUUGACUCUUCUUGUUUGAACAUAGUGUUCAUUGUCCUGGGCUCAAUUCUACUCAUUCGUAUUUUAAUUUCACAUAUUAAUCAUCAUGUACACUUACGUGAUUUACUUGAAUAGAGGAAGGAGUAUGACAAGGCUAUAACCAAAAUAUUGGAGGUGCCUAUCAAUCACUGGGGAAGUAGUGCCGCUAAGCCUUUUCAGGUCCAUAGUCACUGUAUCUGGAUGUUUUUACAAAGUUCAUCAGAACAUAAGUAAUAUUGAACGUCCUUUUUAACAAUUGAAAGGAAUUAUAUCUUUUCAAACUGAAGGAAAAUUGCUUUUUUUUUCCUUAUUUAUACCAUUUCUUACCUUCUGCCUACCUCUAGAGAUUAAUGAUUUAAGUUUUAAAGGCAUUAAAAACCUAGAAUAAUCUUAUAUUUCAAAAUUUCUUUUGGUUUUAUUUUUGAUUAUGAUAAGGAUCAUGACUUAAUUUGUGCUUUUUAAAAAAUGAAGUGUGUAAAUACCUCACUAUGCCCUUUUUUUUACUGAAAAAUUAAAUUGAAUGUUAUUUAUGAGAAUUGUGAAUUGCAGUUUUAGUAAAAUGGGAUUUAAGAAAUUUCUACUAUACUACCAUAUGUGAAAAUUAAACUAGGAAUAGAAUUGUUAAAUGAAAAUUGCCUAUUUGCUUCACACUAACUCAUAACAAUCAAAAGAUUUGCACAUAAAUUUUGAAACAACUUAAUGUUAUCUAAUUACAAUUAGUGCAUGCAGAGAUGAUCUUUCAAGACUAAUGCUAUCAUACCGAUGAGCUGUUAGCAAUCACAGAUUAACAGAUAAAAAUGAGUAAUAUAAGUAUAUGAUGAUUAAAAGUGUGUCUGCAAUUUAAAUUCUAGCUUAAGGUAAAAUGAAUUUGGUUUUUAAUGCAUUGGAGUAGAAUGUUACAUGAAUGUUAAUGUGAUUACUACUCAUUGCAAAAGCUCAUUUGCUUAAAACAUUGUACUGGUGCAUUCCCAACAUGACUGCUGCGUUACUUCUACCUAGUUCUUUUUCUUUUUAAAAAUUAAAGAUAUACUCAUCUGCUGUGCUACUAAAAUUGUUCUUUUUAUUAAUCAAAAUAUUUUUCUAAUGCAAUAUAUAGUAAUAUUUUCCCUUUGAUGAUCAAUAAGUCAUUUUAAUAAGUAUUUGGGCAUAUAAAUACAU